CAGAGCUAGCAAGAAUAAGAAAUAUCCUAAAGUAGAUUUAGGCGAUAGGUGUAAAAAGCUUUCAAUAAAAAUGCACCUUAAUAAUAUUUGGAAGUCGGUUCAUUCUAUAGAAAAUGAUAUAGAGUAUGGAGUUUUUGAAAAACUUCGUAUUAUUGAGUAUGAACUAAGUUGUAUAAAUAAAGCAAAGCUACCAUGG